CAGAAGCAGCAGUAGAGUCGCCUGCUGAAGCUGCCGACAGGCAACAACAAACUGCGCGGAGGAAACCGAGAAGGGAAAAGAAGAGGAGAGACUGUCUCCGCCUAAAAAGUUCUGUUUGGUAUACGGGUGCUGAGCGCUCACAUCCUUCAGCAACAUGGGGGAACUCUUCAGAAGUGAGGAGAUGACCUUGGCUCAGCUCUUCCUCCAGUCAGAGGCUGCCUACUGCUGUGUCAGUGAACUGGGAGAGAUCGGGAUGGUGCAGUUCCGGGAUCUGAAUCCUGAUGUGAAUGUGUUCCAACGAAAGUUUGUCAAUGAAGUACGACGAUGUGAAGAGAUGGAUCGAAAACUGAGAUUUGUGGAGAAAGAAAUAAAGAAGGCCCACCUCCCAAUGGUCGACACAGGAGAGAACCCUGAAGUUCCCUUCCCGAGGGACAUGAUCGACCUGGAGGCCACAUUUGAGAAACUUGAAAACGAGCUGAAGGAAAUCAACACUAACCAAGAGGCGCUAAAAAAGAACUUCCUGGAGCUAACCGAGCUCAAGCACAUCCUGCGCCGCACUCAGCAGUUUUUUGAUGAGAUGGAGGAUCCCAGUUUACUGGAGGAAUCAUCCACCCUCAUAGACCCCAGUGAGAUUAACAGGGCUCCUCUCAGACUCGGAUUUGUUGCUGGAGUGAUUGGCAGGGAACGUAUUCCCACAUUCGAGAGGAUGCUGUGGAGAGUCUGCAGAGGAAAUGUUUUCCUGAGGCAGGCAGACAUUGAAGAUCCUCUGGAGGACCCGACUACGGGCGACCAGGUCCACAAGUCUGUCUUCAUCAUUUUCUUCCAGGGUGACCAGCUUAAGAAUAGAGUCAAGAAGAUCUGUGAGGGGUUCAGGGCAACCCUGUACCCGUGUCCAGAAACUCCCCAGGAGAGGAAAGAGAUGCUGGCAGGGGUGAACGCACGAAUUGAGGAUCUGCAAAUGGUGCUGAACCAGACUGAGGAUCACAGGCAGAGAGUCCUGCAGGCUGCAGCAAAGACAGUCAGAGUGUGGUUCAUCAAGGUGAGGAAGAUGAAGGCCAUCUACCACACCCUCAACCUCUGCAACAUUGACGUCACUCAAAAGUGUCUGAUCGCUGAGGUGUGGUGUCCCGUCUCCGACCUGGAUUCCAUCCAGUUUGCCCUGCGCAGGGGCACGGAGAAGAGCGGCUCCACAGUGCCUUCCAUCCUCAAUAGGAUGCAGACCAAGCAGACCCCACCCACCUUUAACAAGACCAACAAGUUCACUUCAGGCUUCCAAAACAUCGUGGAUGCCUAUGGAAUUGGCAACUACCGUGAGAUUAACCCAGCGCCAUACACCAUCAUCACCUUCCCCUUCCUAUUUGCUGUUAUGUUUGGUGACCUGGGCCACGGGGUGCUCAUGACGUGCGCUGCCCUCUACCUUGUGUUGAGAGAGAGCAGGCUGAUGGCACAAAAGAACGACAAUGAGAUGUUCAGCAUGGUGUUUGCAGGGCGCUACAUCAUCCUGCUGAUGGGAAUAUUCUCCAUCUACACUGGGAUCAUUUACAACGACUGCUUCUCCAAGUCCCUCAAUGUGUUUGGCUCUGGCUGGAGUGUCAGGCCCAUGUUUGAUGCUCGAGUAGGAGGAAACUGGACGUUUGCAACACUUGAAAACAGUAAAGUUUUGCAGUUGGACCCAGCUGUUGAUGGAGUGUUCAAAGGGCCAUACCCCAUUGGCAUCGAUCCGAUAUGGAACAUCGCCACCAACAAGUUGACAUUCCUGAACUCGUUUAAAAUGAAGAUGUCUGUUAUCCUGGGAGUCAUCCACAUGCUGUUUGGAGUCAGUCUCAGUCUCUUCAACCACCUGUAUUUCAAGAAGCCCCUGAACAUCUACCUGGGAUUCAUCCCUGAGAUUGUCUUCAUGGCCAGUCUGUUCGGCUACCUUGCUCUUCUAAUCUUCUACAAAUGGCUGUCAUACGAUGCACUGUCAUCCAGGGAGGCUCCCAGUCUCCUCAUCGCCUUUAUAAACAUGUUCCUCUUCAACUACAAUGACCCCAAUGUUAAACCUCUCUACAGGGGACAGAUGGCCAUUCAAUCACUCUUGGUGAUGAUCGCCUUGGCUUGUGUUCCCUGUAUGUUGAUAGUGAAAACUCUAGUUAUGAGGAGACAGUAUUUGUGGCGGAAAAACAUGGGUACACAAAACUUUGGAGGGAUCAGAGUGGGCAAUGGACCCACAGAGGAUGAGGCUGAAAUCAUCCAGCAUGACCAGCUGUCGCAGCAGUCAGAGGAGGAGCCUGAGGCCCGUGCAGAGGAAGAGUUUGACUUUGGAGAUGUGGCAGUGCAUCAGGCAAUCCACACCAUAGAGUACUGCCUGGGCUGUAUCUCUAACACUGCCUCUUAUCUGAGGCUUUGGGCCCUCAGUCUGGCUCAUGCUCAGUUGUCGGAGGUGUUGUGGUCUAUGGUGAUGCAUAUUGGCCUCUCCGCCACCAGCAAGCUCGGAGGCUUUAUUCUCGUAGCCAUAGUCUUUUACUUCUUUGCUGUCCUCACAGUGGCCAUUCUACUCAUCAUGGAAGGCCUGUCAGCCUUCUUGCAUGCACUGCGACUUCACUGGGUGGAGUUCCAAAACAAGUUUUACACAGGCCAGGGCUUCAAAUUCCUGCCCUUCACCUUUGAAAGCAUCCUUGAUGGGAGGUUUGAAGACUGAGAGCUGUAAUCUUGUCUUCCUCUGUCAUUAAUCUCUUGCGAAUUCAUGUAGUGUUGAAAAGUGAUUUUUCUGUGUGAUGCUGUUUUCCAUUUGAUGGAUGUUACCACAUCUACAUUAGUGACACUCCACUAGAGUAUAUCUGUCUGACUGAUAUCUAUUUCAAAGUUCUCGUCUCUCUUUAGGAUCAGUUUGUAAAUCUGGAACAUCCACUCUGAAUUAACGCUUCAUGUCUCCAUUCCUGGAUAAAAAAAGCAAUUUCUGUUAUGUAAUAUGUGUCUUGUUUUAGUGAAAUAAAUGUUGUUUCACUUGUUUUAUUUAGUUCAAUAUUAUUUAUGUAUUCUCCCCUUUAUUUCAUUCCCUAUAUGAAACAUGCAUUUUUUCCAAAUGGCAGUGUUGCACUAACAAACAGAAAUGAGGUCAGUUAGUUGCAAAUGCAUGGUGAGUAAAGGGACAGAAGUGUUUACUACUAGUUAUCUUUGUAUUUGUAUUGUCUUUAUGCAACAUCUUGUUCACAGAGAAUCUCUUUUCUCUUAAUGAUUUCAAACACACGCCCUCUUUGCACAUGCAGACCUCUCCUACACUGCUUACUGACCCCAUUAAAAAAAGAGCUGUGAAGGUCCAAAGGGAAUAGAGUUUAAAGUUAUCCAGUCAGUGCUUUGAAGAUGGGAGACACACUGACUGUUUAAUCCAAUGUCGUGCUCUAACAUUGCUAUCAUUGCCCUUUGUGUUUAGUGAUCAAUUUUCUUUAAGAAUCAAGCACAUGUCUAGUUGGUUUUGUUGUAUCUGGUGAUUUCAGGUGUUCAAAGUUAAAAAAAAAUGUCAUUGCCAUGCUUCAAAAGACAUGUACGAAAAGAAUGAUUCUUCAGAAAUCAUUUUCCACCUGCAUUUAUUGUGCAUUUCUUUCAAUAAAUUGAAAAGAGCUGGCUAAA